AUGCAGCGCCUGGUGCACUACUUCGCGGUGCUGGGCGCCAGCGAGGACGAGCUCGGCCGCGCGCUGCAGCUCGCCGCGGAGGCGCCAGGCCCGGUCCGCACCGCGCUGCGGGUGACCGCGCUGGAGCGGUACCCGCCGCAGGACCACGGGGGCGUGCCGCUGAGCCAGCAGCUGGCCGCGCUGCCCGAGUUCUGCUUCCCCGGCGGCGCCCUCCUCACCUCGGAUUAA